GCGCCGGGACUCGCGGGCCAGGGUUGCGUGGGGCUGGAGAGGCCGGGUCCAGGCCGCGGGCACAGGGACCUUCGGACGCAGUGUAACUGGAUUUCCAAAAAGAACUCGCCAAGCUCUCGGCUCCAGGGCCCCGAUCAGACUCAGAGCGAGAGCCAGUCGUUUGGCUGAAACUUGGGGCCAAGCUUUUAAAAAAGGGCUGAAGAAGGAGCGGGGUGUGGAGGAGGCGGCGAAAGAGGAGGCGGCGGCGAGCGGAGCCUCUAGGCGAGAAGGCGGAGCAGCACCGCCGAGGCGGCGGCCCGGACGAGCAGGCGGCGGCACCCGGCUUUCGCCUGGCAGGGGCCGGACUUGGUGUGGGGGGCGUGCGCAUUACUGUGCGCUGGGGGUCGAGAGACUUGGGCAAACUUUGAAGGGUAACCGGAGACGCUUGUUGCUCCUCGCGGCAGAGAAAGCCGCACCGUUACGUCUCGGCGGGGAGGGCCAGGAGGCCUCCUUCGGCGCCCCCGGCCCAGGCGAACGAGUUUGGGCCCGGAGCGGCAGCGCGAGUGCUGCGCGGAGGCGGUUGCGGCGCCCCCGCGGCUGGCGGUCUCGCCCCCGCGGCGCAGGCACACCAGCGGCAGCGCCCUCUGCUCCACGCCGCCCACGGCCAGGCGCCGGGAGGACUCUCAUGCGCCAGGCGCAGCGGCGCCUCUCUGCAUCCAAGCCUCUCCCAACCGUCUCGUCGCACUCGGGCUGAGAGCGCCGCUGCACCCGCGGCCGGCGAUGCAGAGCCCCGGCGCGGCCGCGCCGCCCUCGCCUCUGGGCCUGUGCGCCCUGGUGCUGGCGCUGCUGGGCACGCUGUCUGCGGGCGCUGGGGCGCAGCCGUACCACGGCGAGAAGGGCAUCUCGGUGCCGGACCACGGCUUCUGCCAGCCCAUCUCCAUCCCGUUGUGCACGGACAUCGCCUACAACCAGACCAUCCUGCCCAACCUGCUGGGCCACACGAACCAAGAGGACGCGGGCCUCGAGGUGCACCAGUUCUACCCGCUGGUGAAGGUGCAAUGUUCUCCCGAGCUGCGCUUCUUCCUGUGCUCCAUGUACGCGCCCGUGUGCACCGUGCUCGAUCAGGCCAUCCCACCGUGCCGUUCUCUGUGCGAGCGCGCCCGCCAGGGCUGUGAGGCGCUCAUGAACAAGUUCGGCUUCCAGUGGCCCGAGCGGCUGCGCUGCGAGAACUUCCCGGUGCACGGCGCCGGUGAGAUCUGCGUGGGCCAGAACACGUCCGACGGCUCCGGGGGCCCGGGCGGCGGCCCCACCGCCUACCCUACCGCGCCCUACCUGCCGGACCUGCCCUUCACCGCGCUGCCCCCAGGAGCUGCAGAUGGCAGGGGGCGCUCCGCCUUCCCCUUCUCAUGUCCCCGCCAGCUCAAGGUGCCCCCCUACCUGGGCUACCGUUUCCUGGGUGAGCGCGACUGCGGCGCCCCGUGCGAGCCAGGCCGUGCCAACGGUCUCAUGUACUUCAAGGAGGAGGAGAGGCGCUUCGCCCGCCUCUGGGUGGGCGUGUGGUCUGUGCUGUGCUGCGCCUCGACGCUCUUUACCGUGCUUACCUACCUGGUCGACAUGCGGCGCUUCAGCUACCCAGAGCGUCCCAUCAUCUUCCUGUCGGGCUGCUACUUCAUGGUGGCCGUGGCGCACGUGGCCGGCUUCCUGCUGGAAGACCGUGCCGUGUGCGUGGAACGCUUCUCGGACGAUGGCUACCGCACGGUGGCGCAGGGCACCAAGAAGGAGGGCUGCACCAUCCUCUUCAUGGUGCUCUACUUCUUCGGCAUGGCCAGCUCCAUCUGGUGGGUCAUUCUGUCACUCACUUGGUUCCUGGCGGCCGGCAUGAAGUGGGGCCAUGAGGCCAUCGAGGCCAACUCGCAGUACUUCCACCUGGCCGCAUGGGCCGUGCCCGCCGUCAAAACCAUCACCAUCCUGGCCAUGGGCCAGGUGGAUGGGGACCUGCUCAGCGGGGUGUGCUACGUGGGCCUGUCGAGUGUGGACGCGCUGCGGGGCUUCGUGCUGGCGCCUCUGUUCGUCUACCUCUUCAUUGGCACGUCCUUCCUGCUGGCGGGUUUCGUGUCUCUCUUCCGCAUCCGCACCAUCAUGAAGCACGACGGCACCAAGACCGAGAAGCUGGAGAAGCUCAUGGUGCGCAUCGGCGUCUUCAGCGUGCUCUACACGGUACCGGCCACCAUCGUGUUGGCCUGCUACUUCUAUGAGCAGGCCUUCCGCGAGCACUGGGAGCGCACCUGGCUCCUGCAGACGUGCAAGAGCUACGCGGUGCCCUGCCCGCCCGGCCACUUCCCGCCCAUGAGCCCCGACUUCACUGUCUUCAUGAUCAAGUACCUGAUGACCAUGAUCGUGGGCAUCACUACCGGCUUCUGGAUCUGGUCGGGUAAGACUCUGCAGUCGUGGCGCCGCUUCUACCACAGACUCAGCCACAGCAGCAAGGGGGAGACUGCGGUAUGAGCCCGGGCCCCCGCCCCACCCUUCCUCCCCUACCCCCUUACAGGGGGAGAGACUCAGUAGGGAAAGAACCGCUGGUGGGGGCUUGUUUCUGUAACCUUCUCCCCCGCCACUGAAAAGUGACCUGGAAGUGAAAAAUUAUUUGCAGAUUCUGGGCGAGGGCUGAUUUGGAAAGGAGGCCUGGGUGGAAAGGCGUUUUGGAUGAAAAGACUUCUGGCAAAGACUUGAAGGAUGAUGGUAAUAAUAAUAACGACGAUGUUAAUCGUGAAAGGUACGGGCUGGCUUGGGCCUAUCGAGAAAAUUGAGACCACCAGAGACCACUGUGAGUUCUUCCCAGCCCCGCCGCUGAACUGGGUCUGUGAGCCAUCCCCCUGGCAGCAAGGCAAGUGGCCUGUCCUCACUCCUGUGAGGCCCAGGGAAAGGUACAGCUCUGUCUGCGGCCGCCUCUUUGUUGGGAAGAGGGAGGACCUCCUGCGGUGUCCUUGUCAAGCGGUGGUCAAACCAUAAUCUCUUUUCACUGGGGCCAAACUGGAGCCCAGAUGGGUUAAUUUCCAGGGUCAGACAUUACAGUCUCUCCUCCCCCGCCCCCUCCCGCCUGCUUUUCCUCCCCUCCCCCUUUCAAGUCUUGUAAAAUAAGCAUUUGGGAGUCUUGGGAGGCCUGCCUGCUAGAAUCCUAAUGCGAGGAUGCAAAAGAAAUGACCAUAACAUUUGGAUAGGAGGCCAAGGAGGCGAGUAGUAGGUAUUUCCGCUACUUUUUCAUUUUCUGGGGAAGGCAGGAGGCAGAAAGAAAGGUGUUUUAUUUGGUCUAAUACCCAGAAAAGAAGUGAUGACUUGUUGCUUUUCAAAACAGGAAUGCAUUUUUCCCCCUUGUCUUUGUUAUAAGAGACAAAGAGGAAACAAAAGUGUCUCCCUGUGGAAAGGCAUAACUGUGAAGACAGCAACUUUUAUAGGCAAAGCAGUGCAAAUCUGAGGUUUCCCUUUGGUUGUUAAUUUAGUUGCGAUAAACAUUCCUUUUUAAGGAAAAGUGAAGGGCAGUAUGCUUCCAUACACCGUUCAGUCAGAGGUUCUGACUUGGCUAAAGGAAAUGCAAGGGAUUUGUUGUUUGUUUUAAAUAAAUUUAAUUCAGAACACGUGAUUCAACAGGCUCUGUUAUAAUGUUCUGGGGACUCUCUCCCUUCAUUUUUUUUUUCUUGCUAUAAGCCUAUGUUUAGGUUUCUUUUCUAUUUUUUCCCUCCAAUUUGGAUCCUUCAAGAUAAAAUAAAAAGCGUAAUGCCUUCAGUCUCAUAACAAAGAAAAGUUAAAUUUUUUUAUAGAAUCAUUUUGUCCUGUUUUUUUUGGUUCCAUAAAUCUGUUUAUAAAACAUCCUCUGUAUGCUGACCCUGUCUCUGAGUGGGUGGGUGGGGAGGUGAUCUGCAGAUAUGAUAGUGAACGAUGAGGAAAGUUCUGGACCAUGGGCCCCAUUUUUAAAGAAAGUCAUUAAAAGAAGGUAAACUUCAAAGUGAUUCUACAGUUCUUUGAAAUGUGUUGGAAGACUUAAAUUUAUUAAUCUUAAAUCAUGUACUUUUUUUUCUGUAAUGGAACUCUGAUUCUUUUGCAUAGUGGUGUAAAGCUGAGCAGAGAAUCAUGGGAGCUAACCUUUGACACUGCCCUCCAAUCUUGCAACACUAUCCUGUUUCUCAGAACAGUUUUUAAAUGCCAAUCAUAGAGGGUACUGUAAAGGGUACAAGCUACUUUAUAUACGUAUGUUCAGUUGAGUGGAGCUGCUUUUUACAUUAAAGUUAAAAUUGAUCUUGUGUUUCUUAAACCUUCAAAACUGUCUCAUCUGUCAGAUUUUUAAAACUCCCAUUACACACGUUUUCGCAUCUUUUUGUGUUGUAUCUCUUAAGUGCAUGUGAAAUUUGUAAAAUAGAGACAAGUGCAGUAUGUAUAUUUUGUAAAUCUCCCAUUUUUAUAAGAAAAUAUAUAUUGUAUUUAUACAUUUUUACUUUGGAUUUUUGUUUUGUUUUGCCUUUAAAGGUCUACAAUGAAGCCCCACUUUAUCACAUGUACAGAUCACAAAUAAAUUUUUUUAAA